AUGCUUAAGAGGUGGCUGCUGGCCCUGCUGGCCCGUGUUUGGGUCAUCGUGUUGCUCUUCUGCUGCUGUCUGACCCUCUUCUACCUCCUGGCCUGUAAGCCGGCAGCUCCUUACAGCCACCAGUCUCUGCUGUGGUCCGGGGGGGCCGCCAGUAAAGAGGUCUACAUGGCCUUACUGCAGGAGAGAGAGGACUCUCACAGACAUUACAUCAACAGCCUGACCAAGCAGAUAGCCCAGCUGAAGGAGGCCCUGCAGGAGAGGACCCAGCAACUACAGGAUUCCCUGGAGAAGGCCAAGGCCAAAGGGGUCCUACCUCUGGGACUGGAUAGCCUUCACAAAAGCCCCACACAGUAUGACCUCAAGGAAUUCUUCCGCUCCCAGCUGAACAAGGCUGAGGUGAACACGGGUAUGAGGUUGCCCAGCGAGUACGCAGUGGUUCCUUAUGACACCUUUACUCUGCAUCGCGUGUACCAGCUGGAGACGGGACUGACAAAACAUCCCGAGGAGAGGCCUGUGAGGAAGGACCGCAGGGACGAGUUGAUCGGCACUCUGGAGACGGCUCUGCAUGUCCUCAAUGGACCGUACCAACACAGUGAUGCCGCCAGACGCAAGCGCACAUACUCCCCAUCAGAUUUCGUACAGGGGCUGACUCGCACAGAGAGGGACAGAGGAACAGUCUAUGAGCUGAUGUUCAAAGGUGAGAGGCCGCAGGACUUCACACAGCUGGUGUUCUUCCGGCCCUUCGGCCCCGUGAUGAAGGUGAGGAGCGAGAGGGUGGACACACGCUACACGCUCAUCAACAUCAUCGUGCCUCUGUCCAGGAGGAUGGACACAUUUCGGCAGUUCAUCAGCAACUUCAG